AUGGAAUCCCCCGGAUUCACCCCGGCGAUCGAUGCGGCGAUGCAGCAGGAGACGCUCCGAAGCUGGGCAAGCGCCGCCCGCCAGGCGGAGGCGUUUUACCACCACGUGAGCGACCCCCAACGCCGCGCGUAUCUCGAUAAAAUCGCCGCGAUCACCCGACGAAAUGCGCAGCGAAAUCGACAAAACCGCCUGCGCGCGUUGGAGGAGGCGCGGCGGUUGCAACCGGGCGGGGGGUUGAGUGAAUCAGGUGGGUUGUGGAUCACCGAUGACGCCCAACGCGCCGCCAAGGCCGCGCUUUAUAAAGCGGAAAAAGAAGCCCAUGACGGCCUCGUGAAAGCCGCUGGCGACGGCGGCGGCAAUAAAAAAGGCAAAGAUGAAGCGACUUCCGACGGAGCACCUUUUGCGCGGCCGUCGCCGGAGGAAGAACGCCUGGAGGCGUUCGCGCGGAAGCAUCGGGAGCAGACGAUCCGCUUCGAUGACGUCCCCGAGGAGUGGUUUACCGAGGGCGAAAAGGAGGGCACCAACGGGGCGGAAAAGACGAACGGGGAAGAAAAAGAAGACGAGAGGGCAGCUGAGAAACGCGGCGCGAUGCGGCCACGGCAGGGAAAUCCGAAUCGCCUGAUCGCCUGCGCGGAUGACUGCGCCGGGGUGUUGAAACGACGCCGCCUCACAUCGCUGCUGCUGCACGCCAGCCUGAGUCGAAUAGCCUGA